CACAGGUCCACAAACUUUCUUUUUUUCCCGCAUUCUUUAUUAUGAACUAAAUAAGACAAACAAGAUUAGGUAAUUAAGGAGAAAAUGGGGUCAUUUCUUCCAGAGCAAAGCAGAGAGAGGCUUCUCUCACGCAAAAGAUACUCAGAGUUAGGUUUCAAUGACUCAAGCUGUCGAUGUUUCCGUGGGAUCGCCAAAUUGUAUGAUCGUCGGAAGCUCUUCUUCGCCGUCAAGAUGGGAAUGGCUCUCUCACUCUGCUCCUUUGUCAUUUUCUUCAAAGAGACGCUGCAUGAUGCUAGUAAAUUCUAUGUUUGGGCCAUCCUUACUGUCGUUGUGGUUUUCGAGUAUCCCGUAGGAGCAACUUUGGUCAAAGGAUUCAACAGAGCUAUAGGCACAUUCUCUGCUGGGGGACUUGCUCUUGGCAUCGCUAGGCUCUCUGUUUUAUCAGGAGAUUUCGAGCAAGUCAUCAUCAUAAUCUGCAUUUUCCUUGCAGGUUUCAGUGCUAGUUACUUGAAACUCCACCCGGCCAUGAAGCCAUAUGAAUAUGCAUUCAGAGUGUUCUUGUUGACAUACUGUAUCGUUCUUGUUUCGGGAAACAACACCGGAGAUUUCUUUAGCACUGCGUAUUACAGGUUUUUGUUUAUUGUGCUGGGUGCAACCAUCUGUUUGGUUGUGAAUAUUUUCAUAUUUCCAACAUGGGCUGGGGAAGAUCUCCAUAAUCUGGUUGCUUCAAAUUUCAAGAGUGUGGCAAAUUCUCUAGAAGGAUGUGUUAAUGGUUACUUGCAAUGUGUGGAAUACGAGAGAGUACCCUCGAAGAUUCUCAUAUACCAAGCUUCAGAUGAUCCAUUAUACAGCGGGUAUAGAUCCGUUGUUCAAUCUACAAGUCAAGAAGAUUCUCUGCUUGAUUUUACCAUAUGGGAGCCUCCACAUGGACCUUACAAAACGUUAAACCAUCCCUGGAAAAACUAUGUCAAACUUAGUGGUGCAGUAAGGCAUUGCGCUUUCACGGUCAUGGCAAUGCAUGGUUGCAUUCUUUCAGAGAUCCAGGCAGCUCCAGAAAAACGACAAGCUUUCCGUUACGAGCUUCGAAGAGUUGGCAUCGAAGGAGCAAAAGUUCUGCGUUUGAUUGGAGAAAAAGUAAAGAAAAUGGAGAAGCUAAGCCCCAGAGAGAUACUGAAGGACGUUCAAGGUGCAGCAGAGGAACUUCAGAUGAAAAUAGAUAGUAAAUCGUAUCUUCUUGUCAACUCAGAAAGCUGGGCAGCCAUUAAAGAACAAGCUGAAGCAGCAGAAGAAGCACGAGACGACGAUGAGAUCAAAGUGAUUAAAUCACUAAGUCAGAUAUGGGAUACCAACAGUAGCAACAAUCAGAAUCCAGCUAGUGGUAAUGAAUCUCAGAUAUCAACAGAGAGUGUGAUGUUAAGGAACCGAGAGACGUGGCCAAGCAUGUCCUUCAUUGAUGGUUCCGUGGUGAAUGAGAUAGAACGUAAAGUAUACGAAAGUGCGAGUUCUUUGUCUCUGGCUACGUUUGCUUCCCUUCUGAUUGAGUUUGUUGCAAGGCUACAUAAUCUAGUCAAUGCCUUUGAGGAGCUAAGCACAAAAGCAGAUUUCAAAGAUCCUGUUAAUCAGAAUCAUCUUAACAUGGUAUAUCAAGUUGGAUUAUGGACCAGGCUCAAGAGAUGCCUCAGCAGAAGCUGAAACUAAAACCUAGUAUAUGUGUAGAUGCAUCAUCAAUAUUAAGCGUUUAAUUAGCCCAUAUGGUAAAGGUUGUCUGAUAUUAGGUUUAUAGAUAUCUUAACCAAGUUUUAAGAAAAUAAUUUUUUUUUCUUUUAAAAUGUUCAUUUGUGUUCUUAACUAGUUUUCUUCUAUAACUCAUAGUAACUCCC